GGCCUUUUGUGUUGCUGUUGCAGCUGCCUGCCUGCCUGCAUAUAAUUCUGUUGCCUUUAGCUGCUUGCUUGCUCAUCUCUCUCCCCAUUGCCACCAUCAUCACCUCCAUAUCCCCUCGCCAUCACGCCUGCCUGCCUGCCUCCCUCCCUCCCUCCUCCUUUGCACUACCGCCGCUACAAAAGAGCACACCGCCUGCGACCUAGUGCUGCCCUGUUCGUCACAAUUCACGUACACGACGACGAGACGACCCCUGCGGGCAGAUCUUAUCUUCCUUGACCUAGCCAGUUGUGCAGGCGCCUCGGGGGCCGGGGCCUCUCCAUCUGAGUGUUAGAUUACCCACCCGAUGGGCGUCGAGCUCGACCUCUCCGACUUGGCCGUGCUCCGGCCGGUCCAGACCGCGGCGGCGGGCGACGGCCCGGACGCCGCCGACACGGGCUGCGUCACGCCGACGGCCGCGAGCUCCCUUCUGCCGCGCCUGGGCCUGGGCGGCGGCCUACUGGACAUCGACUCCGCCGCGUGCGUGACCCCGACGGCGUCGCCGUGCCUGCUGCGGCCGGCCACGGUGUGCCCUCCGGCGCCGCGGAAGCCGGUGGCGCCCGGCAGCAAGAGGAGGAAGCGCUGCUGCCGCCUGCAGCGCGCCUUCUUCUUCCCCGUGCCGCUCGACCUCUCCACGGUGUUCGUCCCGCGCGGCGCCGCCGCCGCCCCCGCGGACAGGUCCUCGCCGCCUCCUAGGGCCGCCAAGAAGAUCCGCCUGCACGUUGUGGGCUGAAGCCGUGCCGCGCCGUGCCGUGCCGCCGGGCGCCUGCUGGCUCGUCGGAGCCAGACACAGCUAGCUAGCCCACGCGCGGGAUGCAUGCAUGUCCAUUGCCACGCCACCACGCGCGCGCCAUAUGGUUUCUUCUCCACCACCAGUACUGAUCAGUUGCGGCGGGCGGGCGGGCGGCAAGCCAUCAUUGGCCGUUCGCUGCGAGUGCGAUCGAUCGAGGACAAAUUAUAAUUCUUGGCUUCCUGACAAGACACAAGGCACGAUCGGAAGGCAGGCAGGCCGGCCGGCCGGACAGUACAAUCGCCACGCCACGCGCCAACGUUUUCAUCAGAGGUUGUUACCGAGUGGGUAGUAGUGAGAGCACUUUGAUCGAUCGAUCGAUCGAGCCUGAAUCUGAAUAACCGAAUUGUAAAUACCGCCACAUUAUUGUUGGCUGCACAUGGUUGUCUUGGCGC